AUGUCUACGUCUCCAGGUCAGGAGACAACAGAACGACCUGCAUCUCAUGGAGGGCCGAAAUGCACCCCCGCAGAGCUCUUGUUAAAGGUUGUCCUCGCAGGGACUUUGACACACUAUGAAACGCGGGGGAUGAUCGAUGACAAACGCUUGGAACACAUGCUACUUGCUGGAAAACAGAUCCUUUAUAAGAGCCACCAGGAGAGUGAAGUAAGACAAAACCUAGGGUUUUCACCAGCCGUAUGGCAGGGCCUCACAGACGUUCUGAGCAAAGCCAUCCCCGUUCUUGAAUCCCAAUCCCUGACGGCUCCCGGAAGCUGUGAGGAGUCCUCCUCCAACCUUAUAGCAUAUAACUAUUUUUCCCUGGUGAAGGAUAUUGAACGCUUGAACGAUCUUUGUACCAUUGCACGCAAUCUACUCGCAACAACAAAGAAAGCGCAAAAUCUCGCAGCUGAGAAGGGAUUCGAUCAAAGAAUUUUACUUCUGAUUGACACAUGCGUCAGAGUUACGGCUAGGGGCUACGAUGGCGAGAGCAAUGCCAGAAAUGAAGAAAGAUGGCAAAAAGUCGUUAACCUCUACAAAAGGCUACUCAUCACCUGCCUCCAGUUCCUUCAUAACUUUAUCAUGCACAACGAGCAUCGGAAGCUUGUCCUUUGGCUAGAUCUUUUUGGCUAUCAUCAAAAUGGCGAGUCGAAUGUAAUAACGCCUCUGGAGCCUUUGGAUACCGGUAACUUCCAUGUACAGGGAGUUGCACCAGUCGUAAGAGCUGGGGAACGAAUUAUCAGUCCUCCAUUGCACACUUUAUAUGACCAAACUGCGGAGGAUAUGUUACUUGAGACGAUCUCAACAUUUCCCAGGGAGCCUGCGUCUAUGAAGGAGGAAGCGGCUAUGUUAUUGCUGGCCAACAUUAAAGAUCACAUGGAGAAACUUCUCGGGCGGAAUCUGAAAGAAAUACAACAAAUGGGUAAGGACCCAGAACGAGCAACAGAACUCCGUGCUGCGCUUACUGCAAUUUUGGGAGCAAAAGUGGAUGGCUGGGCAGAUUUCAAGGAUCGACACUAUGAAAGCGGAAGCGCCCUUGACGAGCAAAUUCCAACCCGGAAAAAGGCGAUUCUGAGUAUAGAUCGAACCGCGACAACGGGCUAUCCACGCACGUGUUGGACUGACCUCCCAGAUCUAGAGGAAUACGGCACAAUCGCUGCAGCGGAUGCACCCGUCACCCCGGAAGACACUGUCAUGUCCCGAUCCCCUCAGUCGGCAGCAGAGACAUUACAGGAAGCGAAAGACGAAUUGAUGGCUAGGCUUCAAGAGACAUCGCCUAUUCUGGCUAAUGGGGAGCUACAUUAUGAGUCAAUAGACGGUAAUUGCGUACCCCAAGAUGACGAUUCGCGCAGCCUUGAGGCUGCUGUGGAUGGUAGUGUUGAUGAGGAAGAAGAUGACGAGGAUGACGAUGAUGAUUACAGAGGUCGACCUGGAGACCAGCAACGUGGGUUACUUACAGACAUCCCUCUAGUUCUGGGCCCUGCGGAGAUCGAGGCUCUGCCUAUGAUUAUCCAGGCAGGUAUUGUCGACAGUUUCGGCCUGAAGGGUGGAGAAAGAUCCGGAAAUAAAAACAUGCAGGCGGUUCGGUGUCAUAUUCUCCUUGCGCAAGAGACGGGCCGAAACCUUCUUCGGGAGUUGCUGAUUUUCAUUGCCGCCUGGGACCUGCCAGAUGACGAAUUUUACUUCAAGAUGAUGGUUCAGAUCAUGGAAGCUGUCCUAGAGAAUGGGCUUAUGUCCCAUGCUUAUUCUGAUUUCGGUCAGGCGAAGGACAUCAUCUCCCCAGCCCAGGCCGUUGUUAUCAAGAUUCUCACGCAUAUUUUUCGUUCCAAGUAUUCACCUCCUAAUAUUGCCUCAACUUCUGAAACACCCACCGGUAGAAGUUCUGUCCCCGUCACAAAGGUCGAUGUGUUGACAGUCCGAUAUAUCUUUACCAUUUUCCGCGGGAACAUUAUCCCGGAAACCUGCGCUCUAAUAUAUCUCCAAGGGCAAAUCCGAGCCGGCCUUGCACGACCCGAGGACUUUCCGCUAAACCUCUGGGAUAUGGAACGCGUGUAUGAAGGUGUCUACCAAUUCCUCGAAUUUUUCGCUGUCCUCACUGAAAAUACUGGAUGGAAAAACCUCCUUGUCCAGUGGGAGAUUGUGUAUGACUUAGCCACCUUGCUCAAAGAGUUGGAGGCAAGUAUACCCAAAGGAUCACUGAGCUCUAUGAACUCUGUUGCCCCUGCAGCUUCACGUAUUGCUGCCCAGACACCGCAAGAUUCGUCAGAAACAACACAAGGAGCAAGCAACAUUCCCGUCGCAGUUGAGCGACCGUAUGACCCGAGCGAUCCGGAACCCAUUGAUGCGGCCCCCGUCAGCGCAGGAUCCAGAGCACAGUCUCCUCCCAUAGGCAACGACGAUCCCUCCGAUUUCGAGUGGCGCAAUCUGAAGAAACUGGUAGUUCUCGUUCUUUCAUCGCUCGUGUGGCAAUGCCCAGAGGUACAGAACCAGAUCCGCAACCAUGGUGGUCUGGAAACUAUCUUGGCCUGUACGAAUUUCGACGCGCAUAACCCGUACAUCAAGGAACAUGCCGUGCUAUGCCUUAAGUUUUUGUUAGAGGGCAACCGGGAAAAUCAGAAAGUGAUUGAGGAGCUGGAGGCGAGGCAGGUCGUUAGUCAUGAUGGUGGGAUUCUGGAGAAGAGGGGUUAUGAAGCUGUGAUUAGUGAAGGGAAGCUGGCAAUUCGUACCAAAAAGGAUGUGCAGGAGAACCCCAGAGCUGAACCGUCGACUGUUAAGUCGGAUAAAUAG